UGAGAGAUUGUGGUGUGUGUUCUCAGAUGUGAGUAGUAAAUAAACUAUAAAGUCGUUUUGCUGACAUCAGCACUGCGCCAAAAUGGACAGUUCCAUCCGUGCGCUGCUGUCGAUCUGAGUUUUCCAUAAAGGACUUUGACAGAAUUUCGAUUAACAGGCAGAAAGAACUCUGGCAAAAGGAACAUUUAGAUAAGCUUAUUUUACAUAUUUCUUUGGAGUCGGUUAAAUAUCUGCAGUGAGGAAGGUUGAAUGCGAGGAGCAGCACGGGUAAAUUAUUGAUUGGGAUGGUCCUGCUAUAAAAAGGCGACACUCCCCGUGUUCUGCUCUUUGUCUCUAAACGCCAAGAUGAGCUACGGAUCCGACAUCUACCCUGCCUCUUCCUACCGGAAGAUUUUCGGGGACUCUACCCGCUUCUCAGCCUCUCCAUCCCGGCUGAGCAGCUCUCGGAGUGGGUUUAAGUCGCACCCCGUAACCCGCACCAACAUCCCGAGCUCCUACAGGCGCUCCACCCGAUCUUCCUUCCCUUCCUCUUCCAUGACUCUGGAAAGCUUCGACUUCUCCCAGAGCACAGCGCUUAAUAAUGAGUUCAAGAUCAUCCGCACGAAUGAGAAGGAGCAGAUGCAAGGUCUCAAUGACCGUUUCGCGACGUUCAUUGAGAAAGUUCGCAACCUGGAACAGCAAAACAAAGUGCUGGAAGCCGAACUCGUGACCCUGCGCCAGCGCCAAACGGAGCCGUCCCGUUUGGCCGAACUAUACCAGCAAGAGAUCAGGGAACUGCGCUCCCAACUUGAGGAACUCAACGCUGAGAAGAACCAGAUGAUGUUUGAGCGCGACAACGUUGAGGAGGAUCUUCAGAAACUCCAGGAGAAGUACGAGGAGGAGAUCAGAAUGCGCGAGGAAGCUGAGCAAACACUGAGAGCCUACAAGAAGGACGUGGAGGACGCCACGAUGGUGCGCCUAGACCUGGAGAAGAAGGUCGAGUCCCUUCUGGACGAGAUAAACUUCACGAGGAAGGUGCAUGAAGAGGAGGUCGCUGAGCUCAUGAACAUGAUCCAAGCCGCCCAGGUGUCCGUGGAGAUGGAAGUGGCUAAACCCGACCUUUCCUCCGCCCUCAAGGAGAUUCGCGGCCAGUACGAGGUCAUAGCGACUAAGAACUUGCAGUCCGCCGAAGACUGGUACAAGUCCAAGUUCGCCGAUCUUAAUGAUCAGGCCAGCAAGAGCAACGAGGUUAUUCGCGCGAGCAGGGAAGAGCUGAACGAGUACAGGAGGCAGAUGCAAUCCAAGACUAUUGAGAUUGAAAGUCUGAAGGGGACCAACGAAUCCCUGGAAAGGCAGAUGCACGAGAUGGAGGACAGGCACAACGCUGAGGUUAUGGGCUACCAGGAUUCAAUUGGGCAGUUGGAAAAUGAGCUGAGGACCACUAAGAGUGAGAUGGCCCGUCAUCUUAGGGAGUACCAAGACUUGCUGAAUGUCAAGAUGGCGCUUGACAUUGAAAUCGCUGCUUACAGGAAACUGUUGGAAGGGGAGGAGACACAUUUUAGCACUGGCAUCACCUACCCCACCCCUGGCUCAAUGUCCAGCUACAGCUACCAGUCCCGCAUGUACGGCGGCACUAGCGUGAGUGUAAAGAAGGAAGUCAAGGAUGAUGAUGAAGACAAACAUCAGAGCAACAAAUCUGGCAAAGGCUCCUUCCAGUCUGACGAUACUAAGAAGAAUGAUAAAAUCGACUCUGGAGACAUGAAUCCCAUCAGCCAGAAAAACUAAACAUCUACCUUCCUUCUCCUUCUCCUCCCUCUGCAUUACUUUCCAUAAUUUUCCAAACCUUUCCCAAGCAAUUACCCUCCACAAAGGGGGUCUCUGAGAGGAAUCUAGUGUAUCUCUGUCUCAACUUACCCUCUAUUAUCUAACCUCACUCUCAGUCACUGGGAACUAUUCCCUUUGUAGCAAACCACCAGCUGCUCAACACACCCCAGGUGUCGCACUCUGUGAUAGCUUCAGUGCAUAUAUUAUCUCUGCGUGCAUCUCUCUCUCUCUCUCUCUCUCUCUCUCUCUCUCUCUCUCUCUCUCACUGCAAACACAGAAACA